GCGAGGCCCGGGAUCGAACCUGCAUCCUCAUGGAUACUAAUCUGGUUCAUUGCCACUAAGCCACAAUGGGGGUUUUGCUUCCUGCCAUCUCAGAAAAAUGGAGCCCACCUAUGAGGUGUGCAGUCAGCUUGGGAAGAGAAAGUGAAGGAAAGAAAGGUUCACUGAAGGGUGGGAAGUAAGAGGCAGGAAUCCCAGAGGGAGCUCUGGGCACUGGGAACCCCUUUAGGCUGGUGCUGUUCAGCACCCGAUGCCUGCUGCCCAUGCCAGCCCACCCUUUUUGGGGGAAGCACUAAAUCCCCCAUCACUAACUUGCUGGGUGACCCUGGCCAGGUCACACCUCUCUGGACCUCGUUUCACUCUCUGCGAGACCAGGGGCUGGAUGAGAUGACCCCUCAGUCCUGACAAUCCUAGGAAGGCUCCUGUCCCUUUGGGGCCAUGCAAAGGAUGCUUCUUUUGCUGUCAAGGGCUGAGGGCAGGAGGGAGGAGCUAAAUACCAAAAACUAGGGCUCCACAAAAGCGGGUGGACCCCAGGCUCAGGUCUUGGGCAGAGCCACGACCCUUUUCCACCUGUGUUCUAUUUCUGGGAGCUUGGGGUCCUUGAUGAGAAAGCUGCUUAAGACUUAGGCUCUUAAGCAGACAGCUGGUUGCCAGGGAAGCCUUGGCUUCUGGGAAGAAAGGAGGCUGGGGGAGGGGUGUGUGUGUGUCUGUGUGUGCAGAGAGCCACUGUCUGGAGGGUCUCCAAGGGCCCACCCAAACUACAAGGAGCACAGUCCAAGGAGUCUCUCAGUCCUGUGCUUUCUGCCCUGUGAUCUCUCUGGCCUUUGAAAACGCCUCUCUCCCUCAGCUCUGCAGCCAGACACUCUCAAAGGGAAGGUGCUUUUCUGGGAAGCUGAGGGAGAGGCCUGGAGGGGAGGGGAGGGGGGGUCUGGGGGCUGCCAGGGCCCAUCUCUCUGCCUGUUCCCCUCCCGCUGCGUGGCUUGUAGCCCCUCUCCCCGGUAACCUGGAGGCUGGCAGGCACUGAAUAGCAACCCCGCCGGUUGCCCCUCGACCAUACCAUUCAAAGGUCCAGCAGGGGAAGGUGAGAGGCCUGGGUAUAGAGGCAGCGAAACCCUCCCCCUGCGUCCCCCCACAGUGCCCCAGCCCAGCAGAAGGCGCCAAGGAAACAGGCUGGAGUGAGGCCCCGUGGGAAGGCUCAGGAGCUCCCCACUCCUCUGCAAGGCUCGCCUCUCUCUCUUCCCAGCCCAGUUGCCAUCCCUACCCUCCUGGCUGCCUCCUCUCCCAAGGCAGGGCCCAAACCCUUCCAGACAAAGCUGGGUCUGGCUGGAGAGCGAGGGCAAAGGCCACUCUGCCUGGCUGACGGAGGGCACAGGGCAAGGCAGAGCCCAGGGCAGGCUGGGGUUCCAGGGACACCCGGUGCUUCUGGGGCCUCCCGUGGACAGCCAAGAAGACCUCUCCACCCAGCUGGGGACUGCUGAGGGCUGGCUCGGAGGAGCCAUGAGCUCAGAGGGCCCCAGCCCCUUCACCUUCCUCACAGCUCCUGCCACUAAGGGGAGCCCCUCCGAGGUGGUACACCCUCUCCCCGUGCUCAUUGCCCUGGCCUGCAUCUUCCUCCUGCUGGCCACCUGCCUGCUCUUCAUGACCCUCUGCAAGCCCGCCGCGCUGGACCCCCGCCGCCGCCGGGCCCGUGAGUGCAUGCCCCACCACCCCGGGAGUCCCAGCGAACCCCAGCUUCGGCUCUGGAAGCGCCUGAGCUCGCUGCGCCGCUCCCUGUCCCUGCACAGCUUCCGCCGAGGCCGACCUGCCCCUCGGCGCCCCCUGCCGGCCCAGGGUGACAACCACGACUGCGACUGCACAGAAUCUACCAAGAUGUGAUGGGGGGAAUCCCCCUGCUCCAGGAUCCACCCGCAGGCCCUACUGCCUAGGAAGGAACCUGGUGCCACCGGCUGUAGGACAGUGGCCCAAACAACAUGGGCCACACGCUGGCUCCCAGGGUGCCCAAGCCCAUGGCCUCUCCCUGCAGACUCUCUAGCUGCUGCCUGCUGGAAGACUGUUGGACCAACCACUGGGCACCUGCAGCCAUCAGAACCCUUGGCUCAGGGCUCUGACGGUAGGAACCUGGGGCUCCUAGGGCCCCUCCCUAACAACCAGGCUCCAACCAUCUCUAGGAAGAAGUGCUCUUGCUUCCCAACAGAAGCCCUACCUGCCCUCCAGGUGCCAAAGCCCAGCUCAGAUUCCAGUGUGAGCUGUUAAAUGGCCAAAGAGUCCCUCCAGCCAAGUGAAAUACUCAACCCUCACUGGUGGCAUGGGAAUGCCCUGCCCUCUGUGCCAACUCAGUGCCCAAGGCGAAAGGAAACCCAGGGACUCCUCUCCUCGGACUUCCUGGGCCCUGCCAGCACUCGCCUGUGAUCCACGGGAGCAGCCGGCACCCUUGUGGUGGAUCAGAGGCUGGGUGCCUGAUGGGAGGAGGGGCAAGCGGGAGGCUCUCAACACCAUCCAGCCAAUCACAGUCUUGGCUGUCACCUUGGCACGCCCCCUCCCCCAGUGCACCUGCACCAGGAUGGAUGUGGAGGGGCCAGGAAUGAGUUAAGAAGCUCUUGCAGGAGCUGGGACCAGUGCUGUAUCAGAGCAGGAGGAGGCUCUGUCAGCAGCUGGAGGUGGUGCUAUCUGGGCUCUAAGGACACAUCACAGUGGCUCUAUCCUCACCCAGGGAAGGAGGUGGCCUUCCUUCCAAUGGGGGGUGGUUCAGAUUUCUCCAGGACAGCUAUAGGCCCUGGACCACACAAGGUGUGCUCUCUGCAUUUUUGCAACUGCUUCAUUGACUGGCUACUGUUAAAGUGAUCCCAUGAUCCCAGGUGGGACUCUCAGAAUCCCCAGAUGCCAGCCUCUCCUCACAAGGCUGGUGCUCAACAUUCUGGUUGGGUCCCCAGUCUGGGGAGUGGGCAGAGGCAUCUGAGCUGCACAGCUCCUGCCCCAGCAAGUCAGUGGGCCAGGGUCGCCUUGGACCCCACCCCUGGGGGCUGUUUUACCCUACCCUGCUAUGACCAACAGUGUAGCCAGCCGAACUUCCUCAAAGCGUGAGCUCCAUUUUUGCCACUUCUAAACCUUCACUGGCUCCCUACUGCUGGAAUAAGCCAGAGCUUCUUGGUGUGGUGUUUGGUGUCCACUAGGAACUGACUGAGAACUACCCUUCUAGCUUCAUCUUGACCCAGCACGCACUGAAAAACCUGUCCUCUCCUAGCUACGGCUUAUGCCUCACUUGAUAUGCCCUCUGGGAAGCCCUCUUUGCUCUCCAGCUGAAGCCACCUCCUGCCUGAAACCAAGGGAGGACGAGGCUCACUUCCUCUCAGCUGGGUGGGUCAUCCCUGCCUGUGCUCCCCCUUCCUAUGAGCUUGGAAGCUCCCAGAAAGCAGAACCAUCUAGCCCCUCACUCUGCCUCAUCUGCUCUGGGCACACAACCAGGGGGCCUGUCACUGAGGGAAGGGUGGCCCCGUCUAGUCCUUGGGGAGGCCCCUUCUUCCCUCGGACACCCCUCCAGAGAAGCUCUCUUGCCAAGCAGGCCUGUUGGACAGUCUGACGUCAAAGAGUGAGUCCAUCUGGACCAGAAACUUAUUUCCAGGGCCUUGGUGAAAUCGCCAGCGCCUGAAUUUCUCCCCGAGAAACAGAGAAUCGGGGCUGCCUAUAUUACUUAACGGGCUUUAGGAUUCUGGUCUGAGAACUGCUGUGUAAACAGAAACCAAUUUUGGGGGUUUAGAAAGCGGGGCAGGCCUCCUCCCGCAGUACCUUGUUCCCCUCUCCCUUCCAGCUUAGUAACUCGUCCUGGUUUGUCCCUCCCCAGGUCUCCCUGAGACCUUCCAUCGGGCUGAAUUCUGCCUGUAGUCGGUCAGCCCGCCACCUGCUGGCCAGAGGGCUCUGCCUGGCAUUUGGUGUCAUGGGGGGAGGGGCAGUAAGGCUGCCCCAGGCCUGAAGGAGAAAAUCUGGGGGGGAAGGGGAGGGAGAGGGGGCUUUCAGAAGUCCUGCCAUACCCCCCAGCUACGUCCCCAGGUUGGUCCCGGGAGCCCUGUGUGAGCUGGGGGUGGCAGGUAUUAGGUUUUAGGCUAGGGGAGAGGUGCCCCACAGCUUGGUGGGUGGUGGUGGUGGCAGUGUCUCUAAGUCCCUGGGAGCUGAGGCUCAGGAGGAAGGAACUUCUCCUAGAACCAGCCCCGACCCUGGCAAAGGCCCAUGGCUUCCUGGACUCUGGGCACCUAUAAGAGUCAAUGCCCUGCUCCUGGUCCCUGUCCUGCCCUUCGCCUUGCCCUGAUACAGGGAGGUAGGUACACUCCCUGCACCCCCUGCUCUGUCCCUCCCAAGCUUGGGAGCUGGCCCCAGCGGGCAGGCCUAGAUUUGCUGUGUUUGGCUCAGCCUCCAAGUUGGAAACCCAGCAGCUGGUGAAGAGGGUAAUUUCUGCCCAGCCUCCCUCCCCUCCCAGCAACUGCGGCCUCCAGGGGGAGGGCUGGGCCAGGCACCAGGUCCUCCCCUUCCUCCCUCGAGCCCCAAAGCUGUCGCCCCUGCUCCUAGGGCAAAGGAACCCUUUCUUUUUGUGCCUGUUUAUUUUGAGAGGAGAGCUUCGGCCAAGAGCCCUGUGAAAGCAGCUCUGUUCUGGGCCUCGCUGGGCCCUGGCUCUCUCUUUUCAACUUCUUUCUGGGAAAAAGGCACAUCUCCAGCCCCCCCCCCCCCCCGGCCCCAAAGCCCCUUCUGGGUGCAGGGGGGAUGGGAAGAGCACUGUGGGGGAAGGAGGGAGGAGAGGGGGAGCCAAGGCCUGUCUUCUGUUUUUUGGGGAGCUAGGACCCACCCUUGACUACAUAAGCAGGAGGCCUCCCCUGGAGGGAGCAGAGAGCCUGGGUCCCCUUUUUGCCAUAGCCACCUCUGGAGCAGCAGCUGGACCCUCUCCUGCUUCUAUCCCGUCCUGCCGCGUUGCCCCUGGGCAUGUGCGCCCUGUGCCUGCCCCUGGCA